ACUUGAGCAACAUGGUCAGAUACGCUGCUACACCAGCUAACCCCGCCAAGGCCUCCAAGUCUAGAGGUUCUUACCUCCGUGUUCACUUCAAAAACACUCAUGAAGUUGCUGCUGCUAUUAAGGGUAUGAAGUUGAGCAAGGCUUAUGCUUACCUUAACAACGUCACUGAACACAAGCAAGCCAUCCCCUUCCGUAGAUUCAACGGUGGUGUUGGUCGUACUGCUCAAGUUAAGGAGUUCGGUACUACUCAAGGUCGUUGGCCCGUCAAGUCCGUCAAGUUUGUUAAUGACUUGUUGAAGAAUGCUGAAAGCAAUGCUGAGGCUAAGGGUUUGAAUGUUGAAGAACUUUACAUUUCCAGCAUUGUUGUCAACCAAGCUCCUAAGCACCGUCGUCGUACUUAUCGUGCUCACGGUAGAAUCAACCCUUUCAUGUCUUCUCCCUGUCACAUUGAAAUCAUCCUCACUGAAAAGGAAGAAGCUGUUUCUCGUGCUACUGAUAAGAAGGUUGUUAAGCUUAAUGCCCGUCAAUUAGCCCGUAAUGCUCGUCUUGCUCGUGCUUAAAUUU